AUGCCGUCCAGGCAAGAAGUCUCUUAUUUUGGAGCUGGCCCAGCUCCUCUGCCUACGCCUGUUGUCGAGGCUGCCGGCCAGGCCUUUGUCAAUUUCAACCACUCCGGUCUCGGCCUGGGAGAAAUCUCACAUCGCUCCCCCACCGCGAACAAGAUCCUCGACGAUACCAAGGCCCAUCUUGCUGCUCUCCUUGAUAUUCCAGACAACUAUGAAAUCCUCUUUAUGCAAGCUGGUGGCAGUGGCGAAUUCAGUGCCGUUGUGCAAAAUCUUGUCCCAGUUUGGAUCGAACGCCGCCGUCGCCGGGCAGAGGCCGAGUUGAGCAAGGCCAACCCGGAUGCCGACAAGACCAAGAUCGAUGAAUUGGUUUUCCAAAGGCUACAGAAGGAAGUUGAUGAGGAAUUGAAGCUUGAUUACCUGGUGACGGGAUCAUGGUCCCUCAAGGCCUCUCAGGAAGCUGCCCGGCUGCUCGGUUCCAAGUAUGUCAAUGUUGCGGUGGAUGCUCGCAAAGCCAAUGGCGGCAAGUUUGGCAAAAUCCCUGCCGAGGACACUUGGUCUUUGACUCCCACCAAGCGGGAUGGUGGCAAAGGCUCUGCCUUCGUCUAUAUGUGCGACAAUGAGACCGUGGAUGGUGUGGAAUUCCCGGAAUUCCCCAAGGCGCUAGAGCCCCAGGGUCAAGAUGCUGAGGACGAGCGCCUAAUUGUCUCUGAUAUGAGCUCCAACUUCAUCAGCCGAAAGGUCGAUGUCAGCAAGUACGCCGUGAUUUUCGGCGGUGCCCAGAAAAACAUCGGUGUCACUGGUAUCACCAUUGUCAUUGUUCGCAAAGAUCUUUUGCCCCCACAGACUGCCACGCCUCCUCCGGCUUUGCUGCACCGACUGAACAUUGGAGGUCUUCCUGGGCCCGUUGUGCUCGACUAUGCCACCAUCGCCAAAAACAAUUCCCUCUACAACACCCUCCCCAUCUUCAACCUCUGGGUUGCUGGCAAGGUGAUGGGUGAUCUCGUAGACACCUUCGGUGCCCAGAAGGUUGGCGGUCAGGAGAAGAUUGCCGACCAAAAGGCGGGACUCAUCUAUGGCGCCUUGGACAAAUACCCCCAGGUCUAUCAGGUCGUUCCUGACAAGGCCGUCCGUAGCCGCAUGAACAUCUGUUUCCGUGUCUGUGGCGGGGACGAUGCCAAGGAGAAAGAGUUCAUUGCUGGUGCUGAGAAGCGUUCGCUCCAGGGUCUGAAGGGCCAUCGCAGCGUUGGUGGUAUGCGUGCGAGCAACUACAAUGCUGUGCCCCUCGAAAACGUUCAAAAGCUGGUCGAGUACCUGGAAAACUUUGCUGCAGAGCAGUGA